CCUCUAGUAGUAAAUUAGUGGAUACCCCAUCAAAAUCCGUUAACUGGUUUACACAGAAACAAACAAUAAUAAUAUCAGAAAUAGUUUAAUAUUUUUAUAAACUAACAUCCCAUUAAAAUAUUUAUAGAAAAGUAUUUAAUGUACAAAUAAACCUAGGGAGCUUUAUUAUAGUGUAGAUUACUGUUCCAUCGUUACCAUUUACACUUUUUUCAGUUGUCUUAAAAAAAUUCCACCACGUCAGUCAAUUGAGAUUGAAUAUAACGUGGAACUAAACGCAUUUGUUAUUGCUGUCAUGUGACUUCUGUCAUCAAUUUGUCAUUGUCUUUUACACAGACUACUGAAAUGGAAAUAAAAACUAAAAUAAACCACAAGAUAGGUUACAUUUUGUAUGGUAUCCAAAUUUAAUUUAAUUUAUUUAGUUAAGUACUUAUUAAAGAAAUGGAUUCCGAAGAAAUAAUAUCGCAAUGCAAUUUCUCUAUGUUAGAAGGCAAGAUUCAUUCACAACUAUUAAUGGCUGUAUUAAAAUUGGGGUUUAAUAAACCCACUAGAAUUCAGGCUGAAUCUUUACCCUAUCUACUACUUGGCAAUGAUUUAAUAGGAGCAGCGAAGACCGGCAGUGGAAAAACAUUAGCUUUUCUUAUUCCUGCUAUCGAUCGACUAAUAAAAUUAGGGUUUAAUAGAAAACGCGGUCCUGGCUGCAUAAUAAUAUCACCAACAAGAGAAUUAGCAUUACAGACAAAUGAAGUCCUCAAAAACCUGCUAAAAGAUAUUCCUAUAUCACAUUGUUUAAUAGUUGGAGGAGAAAAAAAAACAAAAGACAUAAAAACAUUAAAGAAAGGUGCCAACAUUAUUGUUAGUACACCAGGUCGUCUGUGGGAUCAUUUGCAAAACAAUGAGAAUCUAAACUGUGAUAACUUAAAAUGUUUAGUACUUGAUGAAGCUGAUAAAUUGUUGGAAGCAGGUUUUGAGCGACAUAUCAGUGGAAUUAUAAAUUUGUUGCCGAAAACCAGACAAACAAUGUUAUUUAGUGCAACAAUUGAUAAUAAGGUAGAGAAUCUUGCGCGACUGGCACUCAGAAGUGACCCUGUGCUGAUAUCUAUACAAGAUAAACAAUCUACUGUUACAGGGUUGCAACAGGGAUAUUGCAUAUGCCCAUUAGAAUACAGGAUUCCAUGGCUAUAUAAAAUGUUAAAGAAAACUAAAAAGCUCAAAGUUAUGGUUUUCUUCUCCUCAUGUAAGUCUGUGGAUUUCCACUAUGAAUUUUUUAAAGCACAUUGUGGAGCAUCUGUUUUAAAAAUACAUGGUAAACAAACACAGUCGGAAAGGAAAAAAGCAUUUAAGAAUUUUGUUGAGGCCAAACAAAUAGCAUUAUUUUGUACAGAUGUUGCAGCAAGAGGAUUAGAUAUUCCAUGUGUGGAUUGGAUUGUUCAGUAUGAUCCACCGACUGAUCCGAAAGAAUAUAUUCAUAGAGUUGGUCGUACUGCUAGAGGAUUAAAUACAAAAGGCAAUGCAGUUAUAGUUCUCAGACCAGAAGAAGAGGAUUUUGUAAAUUUCUUACGUAAAGAAAAGAUUUAUUUAGAUAAGUAUAGUUAUUGUGAUCCCCAAUUAGAAGUACAAGAAAAGUUAGAAGACGAAAUACUUAAGAAUGGCGUCAUGAAAAAACUAGCAAGGCAAGCAUUCCUCUCUUAUCUUAGAUGUUACAAAUGUCAUCCAUUAAAGAUGAUUUUCAACAUCAAAACAUUGAAUUUGAAGAUGACGGCGAAAGCUUUUGGGUUUCGAGAGAAACCCGACGUUGAUUUUUUAUAAUAAAAUGAAGCAAUACUAAACCUUUUGAGAGAAUUGAACCGACAAGCGACAGCUUACUGUUUACUCAUAAAUCAUUACAUCGUUAUCAGCCAAAAAUAAAUCAAGUAUUAUAUAAUAGUGACAGAUAUUAAUAUAUAAGCAUGCAUUGAUAAUUAACAUUGUAUGCUGUUUAUUGACAAUAUUAUAAUACUGAUAAGUAAAUCUUUGGUAGUUUUUAUUACAAAUUUUAAUUCAAAAGUCAAACGUCAAAGUUAUCUGAAGUUGUUAGUCAUAUCUUAAAUCGUAUAUUAUAAAAGCAAAAUAUUUGUAUUUUGAUGAUAUUGCUCGUUUUCACUAAUGUCCACCUAUGUUGAGGAGCUGCUUAAUGUCAGCUUAAGGGUCCCCUAGAAUGAAGAUCGUAUUCACUAACAUUCCUAAGUCCUUAAGGAUUUCUUAUAUUUUAGGACCUCCAUGUAUGAUAUAUUUUAUUGAAAUAAGUGUUAUUUAAAUCCAUAAAGAAGUUCAUUUCUUUAUGGAUUUAUAUUGAUACCAGAUGUUCGUUCAAAGGCGAGACAGGUGUCGCAUGAGUGUAGAUUCAAUUACGGUUACAAGUUGAUCACCAAUAGAUAAGGUCAUACCGUUUCCAUUCAGUUGGUCAAGUUUCUGUACUAAAUAUUUGUGAUCUCACACAUUAAGUACCUCAAUAUUUUACUCCCUUGGCAAUUCUUCGUGAUAAAUCGUGUGUGAUAUUAAUUUUACAAAAUGCGAUGUGAGAGUUUUGUGUGUUCACUUAUCAGUUAUUUUAUUUACCUUUCACGAGGUCGUAGGUCGUGUUGUAGAUCCAUUAGUAAAGUGAAAAUAAUCAAUUACACGCCAUUAAAUUAUUGUUGUUCUAGUAAUUAGUGCACAUUACACAUAAUCUAAUCAUCAUAUAAUAUAAUAGCCUAUUAACUUUCUAUAGCUGGGUACGGGAGCCUGAGGUUCUACCUCAGGAUUUAUCUAUUAAUCGAUUAAAAUAAAUACAAAA